CGUACGAAAUUUCACUUUCUUAAUUUUUAAAACUUCUAAAAUCAAAAAUUUAUAAUGGAUCACGGCGACCACGAUCAUGGUGAUGGUCAUGGUGAUGAUGCUGAUGGUACAGUCUGUACAAUGAAUAUGAGCUUGCACUGGGGAACGUGCGAAUUCAUUUUAGUGAAGUCGUGGCAAGCAAAUACGCUUCCCAAAUUCAUCGGCGCUGCCAUUGGAAUAUUUUUGCUAGCUGUUGUCUAUGAAGGAUUGAAAUACUAUCGUGAAAUGUUACUCAUUGAAAGCGAACGAAAGAAACAAAUAGUUCAGAAAAACAGUAACGGCGAAGUAAAAGUAACAACAAAACAAUUGACAAUAAGAGAACAAAUUCUGAACGUUCCACAUGCUGUGCAAACGUUUCUUCAUUUCGGACAAGUGUUCAUCUCUUAUAUCCUUAUGCUGAUUGUUAUGCUGUGCAACAACUGGUUGAUUAUUGCCAUUUGCUUAGGUGCUGGAAUUGGGUAUCUUAUUUUCGGUUGGUUGAGAAAGAUUCAAUAUAGAGAUAUCAACGAAUGUUGUUACUAA